UCACAUCUUUAUAUAUAUAAUAAAUAAUAAUGUCUUCAACUAUUAUAGGUUCAUGGGCUGAUGCUGGUGACGAGUUUUCUGCUCCAGAUAUCACUACCAACCCAGAUGGUACUAAAACCGUCAUCACAUUCAGAACAAAUCAAGAUGGUAAAAAAGUAAAGGUUACCCAAAGAAUCAGAGAAGUUACAGUUCAAGAAAGAGUACAUCCUUUAAUCGCUCAACGUAAAAGUUGGAACAAAUAUGGUAAAGAAAAAAAUAGUGCCCCAGGUCCAGAUACUAGUACUACUCAACUUGGUGAAAAAGUUGAAUUAAAAUUAGGCCUUUCAUGGAAACAAGCUGAAAAGGAAGAAGAAGAAAACAAAGCACAAACCAGUGAUAAAAUCGUGGUUCAAAAGAUUGCAUGUAGAUACUGUGGUGGUGAUCAUUAUACCUCUAAAUGUCCUUAUAAGGAAACUUUAGGUGGUGCUGCUGCUUCCGAAACUGCUGCUUCCGAAACUUCUGCUGCUUCUGAAACUGUUAACGGUAAAUAUGUUCCAAGACAUUUAAGAGCUGAUGCUAAUGGUAAUAUCUCCAAGGAAUCAAGAGAUGAUGCUACUACCUUGAAGGUUUCUCAAUUAAAUAACUUUGUUGAUGAAGAUAUGUUAAGAAACGAAUUAUUCGCCAGAUUUGGUCCAUUACAAAGAGUCACUAUUGUUAGAAACAGAGAUACUGGUGAAUCGAGAGGUUUUGCUUAUGUUUCUUUCUUCAGUGAAGAAUUAGCUGAAAAGGCAUUGAAUGCUUUGAAUGGUAAAGGUUACCAUUCUUUAAUCUUGCAUUUAGAAUGGUCUAAAAAGAAGAAGACGACCCCAUAAGUCAUAUGUAUAUAACUUUUAUCAUCUCCUCUCUUAUUUACUUUCCAUUUGUGUAUUUUAGUAUAGUCACUUCCAUAAUAUAAAG